AUGUUUGAUGCUGACGGCAUCGACAUGCCUACUUUUGGUCUGUGUUGGACACGUCGCGAGAGACGCUUUGCUAGUGAUCAGACCAGGAAGGCAUACACAGCAUUGAACGAGCAGUACGAUGCGUACACCGGGGUCAUCUGGCAGCCCUACACGGAAGCAGCCAUACAAGCGAGAUACCCUGGUGGUCUGUCUGUGCUAUGCACAAGGGACCGAGAUUACUGGAUGACAAAAUCAAAAAUCAUCUUCGAUGUCUUCGUCGAGGAGAUGGCACAACAGAGAGUUAUGAGGCAAUUUGGUCUUCUGCAGUUGGAGCUGCCUCCCCCUAUAGAGAACCCGGUGCCAGCACACAUCCACAAGACGACAAGGAAGGGCAUGACCAGGACAACUGCUGACUGGCUAGUUAGACUAGAGUCGUAUGUUAUAGAAUGGGAGACAGCAAACACACAUCUAUGGCACGAGAAUCACAAUUUUGAUCUCGAUGAAUUCAAUCUCUAUUUGCGGCGCUACAUGACCGGAACACGAUUACGCAUCAUUGAGCACUCCCACCCAGAGGAGAUACCGGAUCCUACUCCGUCGGAUAUGUACCCGAGCUAUGACACUUCGGGCUCUAGGCAGUACGCGGCUACCUUAACACACGAACUCUACCAGAACGUGACCACCUUUGGACGAUCACUGUCGUCUGGACCUCUUCUUCAGCAUUGUCCGGUGCUACAGCCCUUCUUGGAACGAAUUCAGAACAAGAUACGGACUGUGUACGAGGCUAUCACGUGCACCCGGAGAAUCGACGUUGUUCAGCACCAGUAG